AUGGCGGAACAAACACAGCAAGGCGGCGCGCCGUCCGCCAUAGCAGCAGCACCAGGAAACGGGACGACGACGACGACGACGACGCACGCCGAAGGGCAAGGCGACCAGCAGCUGGUGCCGGGCGCGCGCGCGGAGCGCCUGCAGGACAUCUACGCCAAGGCCCUCGGCGGCACGCUGAAGAAGCUGAGCUGGGUCAACGUGGCGGGUUGCUACCCGACGGUGGCACGGCGCGCGGAGGGGGUGCUGCGGACGUUGCAGCAGCAGAUGGCGAGCCAGCUGCAGAGUCGAUGCGAGAAGGAAUUUGAAAAGAUCAUGGAGAGCAGGCAGGUGGUGGCCAAGCUCAACGAGCUGGAGGUGUUGGUGGGCGAGGCGGAGCGCGCGAGGGAGGACGCGCUCAAGGCGGGCGAGACGAAGGAACCUACGCCCCCGCACACGCUCCCGCCGCAGGCCAUCCUCGCGGCGCACACGCACCCGGCGCUCGCGCGGCACCAGUCGCAGCUGCACGCCCGGCUGCAGGCGACGCAGAGCCAGAACGCGCUGCUGGCGGACGAGGCGCUGGCGGGCGUGGCGGACGCGGUCGCGGAGGAGACGCGCCUGGACGCGGAGCAUGUCUGA